CAAAAGCUUACCAACUUUUUCAUACACAUAUAAAUACAAUCUCAUAGCUUGCAAACUAUAGCAUAAAAAGUUUAAGUAAUAGCAAAAGCAUUUUCUUCCUAUUUAUUUUUCACUCAAAAAGUACUAAUUCUAGAAAAAACUUUGUGAUGGAGAUUCAUUUUCAGCAACCAAACAUGCAGCAGAAUCUGAAUCAGAAAGCAGGAAUUUCAGUCAACAAAGGAGGAAAGUUCAAAGGAAGAAACCGAAACAGCAAUAACACAAACAAGUUUGUUGGUGUGAGACAAAGGCCAUCAGGUAGAUGGGUUGCUGAGAUCAAAGACACAACUCAGAAGAUAAGAAUGUGGCUUGGAACAUUUGAGACAGCCGAGGAAGCAGCGCGAGCUUACGACGAAGCCGCGUGCCUUCUUCGAGGUUCCAACACUCGAACCAACUUCAUCACUCAUGUCUCAUUGGAUUCUCCUCUUGCUUCUAGGAUAAGAAAUCUUCUUAACAACAGAAAAGGCGAGAAAAAACAGGAAGAUAAUGCUGUUGCUUCUGCUCCAAGUAACAUCAAGGCUCCUACUAGUAGUAAUACUGAUACAAAUACAGUUACAAGCAAUGAUGAUAACAAGGAGAAUUCUCUUUCGAGCGAGGCUACUCAGAAUAAAGAACUUUUUGAGGAUGGUUAUAAACCGGAUUUGAGCAAUUGCAAGGAGGAUUUUGAGUCAGGUUCACAAUCCAAUUUUUCAUGGGGAUUUGGACCGGUUUUUGAUCAUUUUCCUUUUGCUCAAUUGUUGGAUAUCACGAAGAACAACGAUGGAAUGAUCGACGCGUCUAGCUUGGAGCUUUCGGAAUUUGAAAGAAUGAAAGUUGAAAGACAGAUAUCAGCUUCACUUUAUGCUAUUAAUGGAGUGCAUGAGUACAUGGAAGCUGUUCAUGACUCCAAUGAAACCUUAUGGGAUCUUCCACCUUUGUGCCCAUUGUUCUGUUGAAGUUCUAUAAGCUCUAAAUUAAUAAUGUUGCAGCCCUAUUUUUUUUCUAUUAUCGAAAACUCGAGGGAAGUGUGUUGAAUGUAAGUCGGAUUGAACUAUUACAAUACCAUAGAGAUAUAAUUGUGUUUUCUUUACAAA